AUGUUCUUGACCCACCGCAAGCCCUACAUGAAAAUGCGCUGGGUGCACUGCGCGCGGGUGGAGCGCCCCACGAUUCUGCGUCUGGCGGUGAAGUACCAGCUGCAUCCGUUGCCCGUGGAGGACACCAUCCAGCUGGAGCAGCAGCUGGUGCCGAUGGUGCGGAAGUACAAUGACAACUUCUUCGUGGUGAUCCCCCUGCUGCGGCUCACGGAAGAAGCCAAGAGGAAGCUCGACGGAUACAAGGAGAUUCGCAGGCACCGCCACGAUUCUGACUGGCAGUUGGAGGAGCUGAUCGAGGUGCCACAGGUGGAGCAGUGCCGGUUCGCGGCCUUUGCUGCGGGACCUCCGCACUACGACACGGAAUGA